CUUUUUUUUUUUUUUUUUUUGAAUUUCAUCCUUUUCAUUUUCCAGUAGUUUUUAGGUAUUUGCUAGGAGACGAAGCAACCCGGCAAGAUGGCGAUGUCUAGCGAGAGCCGUGCCCGGACGCUGACCGCCGUCAACAUUACGGCACUGGUUCUCGCCGUGACAGUCACGGCGCUCCGGUGUUUCGUGCGCAUCUACCUCCUCAAGGCCUUUGGGGUCGAUGACUGGCUCAUGGCCGCUGCUGCGAUCUGUUUCGCCUUCUACUGCAGCUUCUCCCUCUCCGGGGUCGCCUACGGAACCGGCCACCUCGUCUCUGAGAUCAGUCAAGAAAACUACGCCGAAGCAAAAAAGUGGUGGUAUUUGUGCUAUCCGUUCUACGCCGUCACCAUGAUGUUGGUCAAGAUGUCCAUGACCUCCUUCUUCCGCCGCGUCAUCGUCGAGCGGAUGCACAAGUGGAUUCUCUACUUGGCCAUGGUGGCAACCAUCAUCAGCUGCAUCGUCUUCGUCUUCACGUGCAUCUUCCAGUGCUGGCCGGUCAGCUACUUCUGGGACAAGUACACCCAGACGGGCACCUGCAUCCCCGACCGCAUCGUCAUCGCCCUGGCCAUCCUCUUCAGCGUCAUCAACAUGAUCACCGACUUUACCUUUGCCCUCCUGCCCGCCUGGAUCGUCCUGCGCCUCAACAUGAAGCUCAGGACCAAGCUCGCCCUGUGCGCCCUGAUGGGCCUCGGCUGUGUCGCGAGCGCGGCCAUCGUGGUGCGGAUGCCGUACCUGCAGGCGAUCGCCAGCGACGAGUUCCUGUACGAUACCGUCUUCGUCGCCGUCUGGUCGACGGUGGAGCAGUGCCUGGCCAUCACGGCGGCCGGCUUGGCCACGCUGCAGCCGCUGGUCAAGCUGGUCGGGUAUAAGCUGGGGCUGACGUCGCGGCCGACGGUGGUGGGCGGCGUCGCGUCCGGGCAGCACAUCCCCAUGACUUCGGGCUCCAUCGCCGUCAAGCGCUCCUUCGCCCGCCGGACCGAGCAGCGGACGUCGGCCCACAACGACCUCGGCCUCGCUGCCGCCGCCGCCGCCGACCCCGCCGGCCUCAAGCUCCAGCCCGUCGUGGGCGAGUACACGGCCGCGUGCUACAACACCAGCCAGGAGUUCCUCCGCCUCCCUUCCUCCGAGGGCUCCGACCUGUCCCAGAGCUUGGGCGUCGACAAGUCCAGGCGGUGACAUUUAUAUACCUAGGGAGGGAACGGAGGUGCAUAGCGUAAUUACAUCGAGCAUGUCCAUGCAUCCAGUACUACUACUA